CACAUGGACUGACCAUCGGACCUGUGGGUGGGAUUAUAUUGUUAUCUGUAUGGGUCUAUAACAACGGUUUGCAGUGGACAUAACGCAGAGAUAAAUCUGUUUCCCGGGCCACCUGUCCUGGGUAAAUACAAAGGACGACCCCCCUCUGGGCGUAUCAUAAAAUUGUCUUACGAAACAGUCCAUUCAGGCUGCUAUAUAAACCCUUGGUCCGCUGAGAUUUCAUCAGAUUGAAAACUUGAUUGAUACACGUCCGCUGACAACCAACAUUCUACUUAGACCUUAUAUUAUCCAUCAAGAUGACAGAAAGCUCCGUAAAUGGUGUCAGCUAUGACGUCACAAACUUGGCGCUGAAGGAACCAAAGCCGAUCACCCAUCAAACAGGUACGUUCAAAGUGAAGGCCGGUCUUGCGCAGAUGGCUAAGGGAGGUAUCAUUAUGGACGUAACGACGGCGGCGGAAGCACGCAUAGCUGAGGAGGCUGGGGCAUGUGCAGUAAUGGCCUUAGAACGUGUUCCUGCUGAUAUUAGGCGCCAAGGGGGCGUGGCCAGAAUGACAGAUCCAAAGAAAAUCAAAGCAAUCAUGGAGGCAGUGACAAUUCCUGUGAUGGCCAAAACCCGGAUCGGUCAUUUUGCCGAGGCUCAGAUUCUCGAAUCUCUAGGUGUGGACAUGGUGGACGAGUCGGAAGUUUUAACUCCAGCCGACGAAGAGAAUCACAUCGACAAGCAUCAGUUUACAGUCCCAUUUGUGUGUGGAGCCCGGGAUUUGGGUGAGGCGUUAAGGAGGGUGUCUGAGGGAGCUGCCAUGAUCCGGACCAAGGGAGAGGCAGGCACGGGUGAUGUAGCCGAGGCUGUCCGUCACGCCCGGACCAUCAACAAGCAGAUCCGGAUUGCACAAUCCUUGGACAGCACGGAACUGUAUGCUUAUGCCAAAAACCUACAGGUUCCUAUUGAGCUACUGAGAAAAACGGCGGAGUUGGGCAGAUUACCCGUCGUCAACUUCGCCGCUGGAGGCAUAGCAACACCAGCUGACGUGUCCCUAUUGAUGCAGCUUGGAGUCGAUGGCGUCUUUGUGGGAUCGGGAAUUUUCAAAAGUUCCAAUCCACCAGAGAGAGCUUUGGCCAUGGCACAGGCCGUGACCCAUUACAAAGAUCCCAAAAAGUUGUCAGACCUGAGCGAGGACCUUGGCGAGGCCAUGUUUGGGGUUCCACACGACAAAAGGGUGUCACAGAACAAGCAGACUGGUGGCGACAUGACUAAGAUCUGGAACGCUACGCUCGGGGAUGGUUCUAAAGCAACAACGUCGUAAUGCGCCGACCUCGACUUGGACUAUUAUGCGCUAAUGAAAGGUUCCCACAUGGUUAACAUGGGACACUUCCAUCAAAUACUGCUGAACAAGCAAUUCAUUGCAGUGUAAAAGAGUUAUGAUUGGCGAAUACCAAAGAGUUGUUUUGGAAACGUUCGUUAUUUCACAGUAUAUUAUGUACGAUUUGGAAUAGUGUCCAAACCUCUGUUUGUUCACAUACAUGGUAAGAAUCUUAAGAAUUCUUUAAUAUAUUGUAAUAAAUGGGAUUCAUAAUACUCUAUCAGUAUUUGAGGAAGGUUUUCAAGUAUGUCUUCCUGCUUAUAUAACGUCAAACAAUUUGGUUCCAUGCACUCACAUAAAAAACGGGUUAAAGCAAAUGCAUAUACCCAUUGCACACACGUCUGGCGUGAUACUUUCAGGAACUAAGAGGCGACAUAGUUGUUGAUAAAUACGAUCGUUACAAGAUGGCUUUAAUCUUUGAGAAACGAUAGAACUGUGUACUGAACAAGUUAAUGAAAAGACACUAUGCCAUUUGAAAGUUUCGUUAUAUACAAACCCUGUAUUUUGAAUAAGCGUGAACAGGCUAUUGUACAUCAUACUUGUGUGCAGGCACAAUAGUUUCAUUAUUCUUAAUUUUGUUGUAAAUUCCGAUAUAUUACAUGCCUAAAUCGGGAAGUAUAAUGCCGAUUAUAUAUAUUGUAUAUACACAUAUUUAAUAUGAAAUAAAUGAUAUCGAACUA